AUGGGGAAACCACCACUAUCAGCCAAACCACGCAAGAAAGCCUUCAGCGUCGGCCCUGCAAACCUGCCCGAUGGGACAUAUAAGCGAAAAGGUGUCCCUCCUCUCUCCCGUCCUCCAAUUCCGGGGAAGCUAAACUAACACACAAAAUAGCCGACAAAAUAAAAAAAUCCCUCAUCCACAAAGCAAAGGUCAAGAAAUCAUUCGCGAAAAUAAUACCGGGAGACGCGCCAGACACAGAUCCUCACGCCAUCCGUGCGAAAAGGCUACUAGAAGAGGCCGCAGCUGAGCGGGAGCGAGCCAAAUCCGCAGGGAUCAAAGAUGGCGAGGAUGGGAAUGCUAUUACAGCGACUACAGAAAUGCACCCCGAGCGACGAGCAGCGCUGGACCAACCAGAGGCGGCACGUGUGGAGGACCCUAAAAACGUGGGUAAAGGUGCUUGGAAAAAACGGGAGAGAAGGAAGAAGACUUCCGCGUUUCUGAAGGAGGAGCGGGAGGCAGCCAGACUAAGGGAGGAACGGAAGGAGGAGGAGAGACGGAUCGAGGCCAGGAAGGCUGCAAUGGAGAAGUCGAAGAAGGAGAGGGCGCUCAGGAAGAAGGUUAUGAGUGCUCGCACGGCAAAGGGGCAACAGAAGCUUGGGAGGCAGAGUGCAUUGUUGCUGGAGAAGGUUAAGGCUCAGGUUGGGGCGUGAUUGCGAUCACCGUAUCAUAAUAUAGGAUUGAAAUGUUGUUGUUUG